GGCAUGGCGGCCAUGUACUCCUGGUCCUGCAAGAGGAGCUACAAGAACGGCUUCGUGUGGCACGACAUCUCCGAGGACGACCUGGUGCUCCCCGCGCAGGGCAACGAGUACAUCCUCAAGGGCUCCGAGCUCCUCGACCGAUCGCCGCCUGAUCGGCAGCAGAAUGGCGUUAGCAGCACCAAGGCUGAGAGCCCCAAGCACCCGCAAGAAGAGUCUCCUCAGUCGCGAGGAUCGCAGGAAGGGUGCUCGUCGUCGUCAUCUCCGUCUGCCGUCACCAAAGCGGCCUCACCUCCAGCUCAUGCUCAGCAACCGCAGCAGCUGGCGAAGUCUGCAGUUGUCGCGCCAUCAUCAUCUGCUUCCACCAGUCGUGAGGAUGAGCAUUGCCGGACGACACAUUCCGGCUCAUCGGGGAACCUAUCCCCUGAACCGGCAGGAACUAAUGCUCCGUUAUCAGAGUCAAGCUCCCCUGGACCUUCAGAGUACAGAGUUUGCAAACCCAUCGGAGCGCAGGAUGCGUCCACACAGACCGAUGACAGCGAGAGGGAUGUUCCUCGUAGGCGUGCUCGCACGGCAAGGAUCUGUACAGAGGAUGGUGCAUCGGAUGCUGAGAUUCAAGAGUGUCAUGAAACGACUAUUCAAGCGUCGCCAAAGGGCCCUGGAAUUGUUCGAGAAUCACCACAGGUGUGCUCGUUGGAUGAUUCUCCCGGUGACAGAGUCGAGACAUUGGAGUCCCUGAUAAGGGCGGAAGCCAGCAGGAGGAGUACCUAUAAUAAGGUGCUAGAGGAAGAACAUCUCUAUUGCCCAAUGGGUGUGAAGCUGAAGCCGGCCAAUUUGCUCAUGCAGAUCAUCACUUGUGGGUCUAUUUCCGUGAAAGAUCACCGUGGCUUUGGACUCAUCCCAACAUACAGGCCAAGCACAAGAACAAUUGGGGUAAGGGUUCCCGAGUCAGAGUAUCUUGCUGGAAGCUUGGUCGAGGCUAAUAAGCAGCAAGAGUCAGGGAAAGGAGAAAUAACCACACUCAACCGCUCAUCAUCUUAUGACGAGGAUAGAGUAUAUAGAGCACCAGACCCUAGAAGGGAUAUGGAAAGCUUGGCUGAGUCGAGCAGUUUCAGAUGUCUCCCACAGACUGUCAAAGUUAUAUCAUGUAAGCAAUCCAGAAGUGGAACAACAUUCUCUCCAUACUCUGAUGUCAGGAACACCUCUGGCCAACAAGAAUGCAGUACAAGAUCUUCGCCGCUUGGUUCCUCAUCGAGAAGUGCAAGCAAUAGGAUGACUGACCCACUCGGUAAACUAUCUUCUUCAAGGGAAGAGUCGUUCUACGAGGAAAGGGAUAAAAUGAUUAGGAUUGAAGAAAGGCUUGCUUCUGGAGCUCGGGUUAUAAUCCAAUCUGCACCCUUAUGUGAAGAUAGCGAUGACAGCACCGAAUCUCUGUAAGGGGUUGUGUUACUUACAUUUUGCUGUGAGCUUAAAUUCUUUGGAAUUUGCUGCAUUUCUCAGAAGUUGUUGGAGCAGCUUGAAAGUGCGAUUUGAUUCAUUUUGUGACCAGUGUGAAUGUGAUAGUCAAUCAUUAUUUUGUUACACCUUCAGGAAGAAUUUGUUGCUCCAGAUUUCCUUUAGGAUAUCAUUCUCUGAUCAGUGCAUCUUUCUCGUGUAAAUUUUGUUUUAUUUCCCCGAAGAAACGACCAUGAAAGAGUGUAACUUUCCGCUUAGAUCAGUAUCAGAAUCGAGAAACAUAGACUUGGGUACAUUCUUCUUUUA